AUGCCUUACCCAGAAAUGUUUGAGGGUUACAUGAUCAAGGAUCAAAGCAAAUGGACUGAAUUCGAGAAGCAAGAGUUCAAACCGAAGAAGUUCGAAGACCGCGACAUCGACAUCAAAAUUGAGUGCUGCGGUGUCUGCGGCUCCGAUGUCCAUACCAUCACUGGCGGUUGGGGCGAAUGCCCGCUCCCAAUUUGCGUUGGUCAUGAAGUCAUCGGUAAAGCGAUCAAAGUCGGCGACAAAGUGACCACCGUCAAGGUUGGAGACCGUGUUGGUGUUGGCGCUCAGAUCCGUGCCUGUUUGGAGUGCAAACUUUGCAAGGCCGACAACGAGAACUACUGUCCUCACAUGGUUGAUACCUACGGUGCACCUUACGAGGAUGGGACUAUUGCACAAGGCGGAUACUCCAGCCACAUCAGAGCACACGAAUACUUUACCUUCCCAAUCCCUGACAACAUUGAGUCAAAGGAUGCCGGACCCAUGAUGUGUGCGGGUCUAACUGUAUGGAGCCCGCUGGUACGCGCCAAGGUCGGACCAGGAAAGAAGGUUGCCAUCCUUGGAAUUGGUGGACUUGGUCACUUCGGACUACUGUGGGCAUCUGCUCUCGGCGCCGAGGUCUACGCCCUCUCGCACAGCGCCAACAAGAAGGAUGACGCCUUGAAGCUCGGUGCCAAGGAAUUCAUCUGUACAAAGGACAAGGACUGGGCCAAACCCCUGGCCUUCACCUUCGACUUCAUCCUCAACAGCGCCGACAUGACUCACGAGUUCAACAUUCAAGAGUACAUGUCUACUCUAAACGUCAACGGCGAAUUCCACAACGUCGGUUUACCAGACAAGCCAUUGCCACAGAUGAUGGCGCAGGAUUUCGCGCCAAAUGGCGCCAAGAUGGGCGGAAGCCAUAUUGGUAACAGGCCGGAGAUGUUGGCCAUGUUGAAGCUGGCCAGCGAGAAGAACAUUAAGCCUAUGAUCGAGACGCUGGAUAUAAGUGAGAAGGGAUGCAAGGAGGCUGUGGAGAGAGUCAAGGUCAAUGAUGUGCGAUACCGAUUCACGCUGACUGGCUACGAGAAGGUCUUUGGGAAAUGA